AUGUCCCUAUUUUGCGAUCCUGAUGAUUUUUGGCUUUGUCCAUUUGACACAAAUCAUAAAGUCCUUGCAAAACGAUUUCAAUAUCAUUUAAUGCGUUGUGCUAAAGCAAAUCCACAUAUACGUCGAGUUAAAUGUUCAUUUAAUGCCACUCAUCUUACAACACCAGAAGAACUCAUCAAACAUAUGAGCCAGUGUCCCGAUAAUGGCGCAGUACAUAAUGCGUCUGCUGCUGGUUUACGAGAAUUUAAUUGGAAUAAUGACAAUUCUACUAGACAAAUGGCGUAUAUUGCCGAUGGUGAAGAUUGGGACAAAGAUGUGCAUCGUAUUGAACCAUUCACAGAAGAAGAAAUACAACAAAUGAAUCGGGAUAAUGAAUGGCUACAGAAAUCUGUUACACCGUGA